AGACGUACACUCCUCAUCCCAGCCCUGACCACCUGCUUCUGUGGUCACAACAGAAAAACCUACUAGUGAGUUGGAAUUAAGGCCUCGGACCUUUGGACAGUAUUAUCAUUAACUACAAUACCCAAGAUGUCCCGAGAGAUGGGAGAACUCACCCAAACCAGGCUGCAGAAGAUCUGGAUUCCACAUAGCAGUGGCAUCAGUGGGCUGCAACGGAGAAGGGGCUCAUCUAUACCACAGUUUACAAAUUCCCCCACAAUGGUAAUCAUGGUUGGUUUACCAGCACGAGGAAAGACCUACAUCUCCAUGAAGCUCACAAGAUAUCUCAACUGGAUAGGAACACCAACUAAAGUGUUUAAUUUAGGCCAGUAUCGAAGAGAAGCAGUGAACUACAAGAACUAUGAAUUCUUCCUCCCAAGCAACAUGGAGGCUCAGUUAAUCAGAAAACAGUGUGCCCUGGCAGCUCUGAAGGAUGUUCAUGAUUAUCUCAGUCAUAAGGAAGGUCAUGUCUCGGUUUUUGAUGCCACAAACACUACCAGAGAGCGGCGGUCUCUGAUUCUGCAGUUUGCUAAUGAGCAUGGCUACAAGGUAUUUUUCAUCGAAUCCAUCUGCAAUGACCCUGGCAUUAUUGCAGAAAAUAUCAGGCAAGUGAAGCUCGGUAGUCCUGAUUAUAGAGACUGUGAUCGUGAAGAAGUUUUGCAAGACUUUCUAAAGAGGAUCGAGUGCUAUGAAGUCAACUACCAGCCCUUGGAUGAAGAACUUGACAGGCAUCUCUCCUACAUCAAGAUCUUUGAUGUGGGUACCCGCUACAUGGUGAACCGAGUGCAGGACCACAUCCAGAGCCGCAUGGUCUACUACCUCAUGAACAUCCACGUCACACCCCGCUCCAUCUACCUAUGCCGACAUGGUGAGAGUGAACUCAACCUCAGAGGCCGAAUUGGAGGUGACUCUGGACUCUCAGCACGGGGCAAGCAGUAUGCUUAUGCCCUAGCCAACUUCAUUCAAUCCCAAAGCAUCAGUUCCCUUAAGGUGUGGACAAGUCAUAUGAAGAGGACCAUCCAGACAGCUGAGGCCCUGAGUGUCCCCUAUGAGCAGUGGAAAGCACUGAAUGAGAUUGAUGCGGGUGUCUGUGAGGAGAUGACUUAUGAAGAAAUCCAGGAACACUACCCCGAAGAGUUUGCACUGCGGGACCAAGAUAAAUAUCGCUACCGCUACCCCAAGGGAGAGUCCUAUGAAGAUCUAGUUCAGCGACUGGAGCCAGUUAUAAUGGAACUAGAGCGACAGGAGAAUGUGUUGGUAAUCUGUCACCAGGCUGUCAUGCGGUGCCUCCUGGCGUACUUUCUGGAUAAGAGCUCAGAAGAGCUGCCCUAUCUCAAGUGUCCUCUGCACACAGUGCUCAAACUCACACCUGUGGCUUAUGGUUGCAAAGUGGAGUCUAUUUACCUGAAUGUGGAAGCAGUGAACACACAUCGCGAGAAGCCGGAGAAUGUGGACAUCACCAGGGAAUCUGAAGAAGCCCUGGACACUGUCCCUGCCCACUACUGAACCUUUUCCAGAAUACAAAAAUGCUGCUUCUUAUCCUCUUCCAUCCCAGUGGAGCUUAUGUUCUUUCUAUUCUACUGCCCUGAGAAAACUAUGCCCUUGGUCUUAUUGGGAGAGCCUUGCAGUGCUUCCAGUGAAGAAAUUCUCAACAGCUCCAAAAUAGGUCUUGAGUUGUCUAGCUCUAGAUUAAGUUUACUUUUUCUUUCUAAAUUCUUAUUCUCUGAUAAUAAAGCUUUCUAUUAUUGCUCGCAA